AUGAUUAAACCACUGGGAGAGUUUGGAGUGGAGUGGAUAUACGCAUUGUUAGAAAAGAUUUCGAGCACGGAUAAAAUGUCUGAAGACUGGAAGGAAAGUAGAAUGGUUAAGUUGUAUAAGCAGAAAGGAGAUAUAUUGAAUUGUGAAAACUACAGAGGUAUUAAGCUGUUGGAGCAUGUGUUGGACACAAUAACGAUGGAUGUGAGAGACAAUGAGGACUUGUGGGAGUUGCUGUUCGCCGACGACCUAGUCAUCAUUGCGGAUACGAAGGAAGAGUUACAGGAGAGAUAUUUGUUUUGGAAAGGCAACCUGGAGAGAAAGGGAAUGAAAGUGAGCACACAAAAGACAGAGGUAAUGAUAAGCAACAGAGAAGGUUAUGAGGAAAUAAAUGUAACAUCAGAGGAUGGCAUAAGAUUGAAGCAAAACAAGAGAGUUCAAAUACCUAGGAUCAAGACAUGGUCUUUAAGGAAGAAAGAGGAAGGCAUUCUGGAGAGAACGGAGAUGAGGAUGUUGAGAUGUAUGGCUGGCAUUUCACUGAUAGAAAGGAGACAAAGUGAAGAUAUUAAAAAGAAUGUGUGGAAUAUGUAA